AUGUCGGAGCACCACAGGGAUCCGUUUUGGCUGCAUUACUAUGAUUUAACGUUAAUUUUAAAAGGAGCAUUGGAAAAAAGACUAUCUGAUAACGUAAAAUAUUUAGAAAAACAAGCCAAAACAAUCUUGAAACAACUCGAAAAAUUUGCGGAUGACCAUAUUCUGCCAGUUAACGUAUAUAGUGGACUUGAAAUUGAUAUUGCAGAACAUUUGACUACGCUUCAUGAAACGUUUAGUCAAAGUGUUAUGUCGGCUACAUCAGAUAUGAACUUACUUGGCGAUUAUUAUGCUACCGAUUUUACUGUGGGUACUUUCGAAGUUGGUGGACGUACAUUUCCUAUUGAAGAUGAAUAUCUUACCGAAAAUACAGAUAAUUAUGUACAAGUAUCGGUUAUUAAAGCAAUUGAAAUUCAUAACAGUAAACAAAUAGGCGAUAUUUUAGUAUUUUUAAGUGGACAAGAUGAAAUUGAUAAUGCUAUCAGUGAUAUUAGUGGAAAAAUUGAUUUGACAACAGCUAUCAUAUUGCCAUUGCAUGGUAAACUAACAGAAGAUGAUACAGUUAAAUCAAAGUUUGUUCUUGAUUGUCGUCAGCGUUACGGAUCAGUAUUCCAAAUUAAACUGCCAUCAAAAUGUAUGACCUUCAUAACAGAUCCACGUGAUUGGACAACAGUUUAUGGAAAUUCAAAUUUCUGUUUAGCAGUUGACGAUGUUUGGAUAAAAAUAUUUGGUAUGAGUGGAAACAGUUUUAAACAUAAAGAAAUUUAUGAUGAAGAACAUCGACUGUACACCAGAUAUUUACAAAGUAAUGGUCUCAAUGAAUUAACACAACAAUUCGGUAAAUAUCUUCGACAGUCUAUGUCAAACGAUAAAGCGGCAUUUGAGAACGGACAAUGGAAAUAUUCUGGGUUGUUAGAAUUAAGUCAUUUAAUGAUUUACGAAGCAUCAACUCGUGCAUUGUUUGGUGAUAUAAAACCAUUAGAAUUCCAAAAACAAUUUAACAUCUUUGAUGAAAAAAUGCAUUAUUUUUUCGCAUUCUUACCGAACUUUAUCUACACUUUAUUUUGCUCAGAAGCACUGAAAGCACGUCAAUCCUUAAGCAAAGCAUUUUUAUUAAACCAACAUUGUAACAAUGAAAGUGAAUUUAUGAAACAUUAUUUAGAUUUAAUACAUGAUCAUCCGGAAUGGUUUUCAAAAACUGAUGCUGGUUCGAAAAGUCUUGGAUUGCUUUGGGCAGCACUUGGCAAUACUUUUCCAGCUACCUUUUGGUCAUUGUACUAUAUUCUACGCGAUCAAAAAGCACUUGACGAUAUUCAACAAGAAAUUCAACUCUCUUUGCCGGAUAAUGAAUUAUGGACAUCAGAAAUGUUAGCGAAAUGUUCCAAACUGGAUAGUGCAAUAACUGAAGCCAUACGAAUGGCUUCCAAUGCAAUGAUAUUAAAAUAUUGUCGUAAGCAAACACAUAUUCAGUUACAUGAUCAACGUCAAUUGACAAUUGAAAAAGGAGAUGCAAUUUCACUAUAUCCAAUGGUAGCCCAUUACGAUCAUCGUCUAUAUCCCGAACCAUUUAAAUUUAAAUAUGAUCGUUUUCUGGCCAAUAAACAAAUGCUAGCAAAUUUAGAAUUGGAACAAGAAAAAAUCGGUUCUAUUGGAUUUCUACCAUUUGGCUAUGGCAAGACUAUGUGCCCAGGAAGAUUUUUUGCUCGAAAUCAAAUGAAAAUAUGCGCAGCAAUGAUAUUGAAAUACAUUGAUUACGAAUUUAUUAACUUGAAUGAUGAGCCCAAACAGAGUCGAUACCGUGUUGGUAUUGGUAUUGCAUCGCCUGACCAUGACAUUCAGAUACGUUAUAAAUAUAAAUCAUUUUCUGCCAUACAUGACUGA